AUGAAAUACAUUGUGGCGCAUCUAAAGCAAGUCCUCCGAAGUAAUGUACCGGUAUAAACCAUCUUCUAAAUAAAUUUUGUUGGCGUAAGUUUAUUUAAACAUUUAUUGUUUUGUUUCAGUUUCAUAAGUUCUCAUACAUUUAACUAUUCAUGCUCAAAAGGAAAGUUUUGUUUAUUUUAUUAAGGUGAAGAGUUGUCACCUAAGCCCGGCAAGUCAACAAGCGAGGGAAUUAAAUGUACGCAGAGAAAGGAAAAACUACAGGCGGGAGGCGGAAAGGCUCUGAACCUCCACCGCUUUGACAGUCAGUGAGGAACAAUCAAAAGAGCUGGCGAAGCUUAUUGACUGUAUAAGCAGCUCAGAAGAAGGACAAGAAGCGGUAAAGGCGGUCUGCAACGAGGCCGAUGAGCAACAACCGGGGAGCGGAGCUUUAUUGAAAGAGUUGUGGGAAUUGGAGAGAGAGGCGUUUUUUAAAGAUCAGCGAGGGAAUGGUGAGUCAAUGUUGCAUAAAUACUGGAUCAUUUAACAAGCUGCUGAGUCUAUAUAAUACUAACCAAAUCCCAAAAACUUGAACCCGUCAUGUAAAGCUCCAAAACAAUUCCAUGUUUUUUAGAUUAAAUAGGAUUAAAGCCCACUAGAAAUAUUUACGAAGUUCGCACUUCAAUUUUCCUAAUGAUUUAAUGGUGAUUGCGCACUCCUCUGCAAUAUUGUAAGCAGAGUGUUUGUCUUUAAGCAGAGUGGACACCUGCAGGUCACAUUAAUUGUCAAGAAAAAAGUUGCUAUAAUGUUAUACAAUCGACGAAAGACCAAUUUUCGUCCUUGUUUUCGUCCCCAACAAAACCAAAUAAACUGUUUCCACGGGGGUCCGCAUUUAAAUGUUUAAUGCUGAGUAAAUAAAGUCACUGUGAAACAUUAAUUACUGCUACAAGAAGAGCUUAUUUUGGCUGCUUGAAAAAAUUGUCAGCCAUGCUUUAUGACACUGAAGUCAUGAAUUAAUGGAUUAAAUUUGACAGUAUCCUCAAAAAUAUUAAAAUUUCUUUUCAACAAUUCCAGCUAAUGUUUGCUUGAAAAUACCUUCAAAAAUUAUCAGUUUUAUUUCAUAAUCUUUCUAUUUCUUAACAAUUUCAGCUCAGUAAGUCUCAAAAUAAAAAAAAAUGUUCAGUGAACUCAUAUUUCUAUGACAUGUAAUCAGUUAGUGCAAAACGUACAUGCACAUAUUGCGUUCAGCACCUGAUUUUUCUUACAAAUUAACAAGGAGUAAUUUAAUUUUUUGUAGUGCCUAAGAUCUAAUUAAUUCUUUCCUGAUAAACUUCGGAUUCAGAGUUGUAGUAUAGGAAAUGGAUUAAUGCCUAAUAAUAUUUAUUUCAUUGUAUUUCAUUUUACAUCUUUUAUGUAAUCUAAAUUACAUAAUUAUGUCUAUUCUUUAGCAACUGGCAAGACUGGUAAUAGAUGGUCACCAGCAACAAUAAGAGUAGGUGAGUCAAAAUACUAUUACUAUUAUUAGUGCCGGAUCCAGACCUGGAGAUAAGAGGCGGGGGGGGGGGGUCAUUCAGACCCCUAGAUAAGGGGGGUCUCAAAAACAAUUUUUCGGCCCUUUGGCCUCAGUAGUUUGGUCUUAAAAUAAGAGGGAGGGGGAGGUGGGACCCGGGCCCCUCCCAUGGAUCUGCUACUGAUUAUGGACAUUGAUGAUUACUCUUUAGUACUCGAUUCUGUAUCUUGAAUUAAAUUACUACAGCAAUUUUUUUCAAAUACAGCUUUGGCUAUAUGUUCAAGAAGUCCGGCAGCUUUUCGUGCAGUGAGAAGCCUUGGCAUUCUGCAGCUACCAUGUUCUAAGGAGAUAAGACGAAUUAUUGGCAAGUAA